ACGAAAUGUAUUUUUAUCGUAGAUGUGACAGUUUUUUUAUAAAGUUUUUUUAGUACAAAAAAAUGUAAAAUUAAAUGUGAUACCAGUUGAUAUUUGCCAUUAUUUAGCUCUAAAGUAAUAAUAAUAAUAAUGCUGAAACGUAGAAGAAAUCGGAGAAAUCGGAAAGGUCGUGGUAGAAAAUCAGUUUCAAAUGAGGAAAAUUCUAUAGCACCUCCAUCAUGUGAAGUGAUGCGAGCAUGUUGUGGUGAUAACUCUUUUAAUAGAAGUAAACCACUUAGUCAAUUAGAACUAGUGACGCCAUUAAAGAAUUCGAACACAGAACUAUUUGAGGAUGAUUUAUCACCAGUAUGGGCUACACCUGUAAAUAAAAGUCGUAGUAUGAUUAGACUAGAGGGAAAGAAAUACAGUUCCACUUCAUUUUUUUCUUCAGACUUAUUUCAGCAAAAAUCUUCUACCCCAGUUGAGAAAUUCAAUCAAGACAACAGUAUAUUGGAUAAUGUAAAAGAGCCUUUGAUACGAGUCCUUACAGAAGCUCCAGAAUUAGAUCUGAAUUUGAAUUUAAAUGAAAGUCCCUUGUCGGAAAAGGUUCUUAACAAAGAAGACAAUUUGAAAAUUCAAACACGAAUAUUCAGUAAAAGACAUUCUUUGACUUAUUCUAAGUUAAAUAGCAUUAGGAGAUCGUCAGUGGACAGUGUAGAGUCCGUUAGCAGACACAUCAGAGGUGGCAUAGGCGAGAAAUUACUGACUAGACUGAAGAAGUACACCAGAACUUCUCAAAGAUGGUCGGUUAAAGUGGUACACUUAUGCACUCAGCUAGGGGUUCAGUUGAAAAAUAGCUUGUCUUCGAUGUGCAACGUAUACAAUGAAAAGUCAAUGUUGCAAAGUUCCGAAACGCCCAUUUGCAAGUGUGAGGAGUACACAGAAGUUAUUUCCGGCCUUAACGUGAAAAUGGAGGAGCUCACCGAGGAAAUUAGAUUUGUUAAAUCACAGCUGGAAAAAGAAAAAUCUAACAAAGAUAAUAUAGAAACGAUAAGUCAAGAACUAAAUAAGGUAAUUUUAAUCCAAUUUUACUAUAAUAAUGGUCAGAGAGGAAUUACUUCAAUUUAA